AUGGUGGAACAUGAGAUUCUAGUCAAAGAAUACUACGAAGACCAGAAGGCUCUGACAACAUCAGAGAGGCUCCAAAAAGCAGGACGAAGACGGGCUGAGCAGAUAAAGCGCUGGCGAGAAAACGCUAAAAACGACACAGGGUCAAGAAAGAAACGAAUCCCGAAGAUCCGCUUCAGUAACAAUAUUAUUCUCCUUGAUGCGGCCGCUCGAAAUGACGUCGACGAAGUACGCAGCUUGUUGCUCAGUGGAAUCGACCCGAACCAGGGUGAUGAUGAUGGACUCACCGCACUGCAUCAGAGCUGCAUUGACGAUUUCGAAGAUGUCGUUAGACUCCUUAUUGAACAUGGUGCAGAUGUCAAUGCGAAAGAUACUGAAUCCUGGACUCCGUUACACGCAGCAGCAACAUGUGGCCAUAAAAAUAUCUGUAAAAUACUAAUAGACAAUGGAGCGAAUAUUCUAGCAGUAAAUGCGGAUCAGUCGAUAUCGUUCGAUAUUUGCGAGGAGAACUCCGAGUGUAUUUAUUACCUGCAGAAUGAGAUGCGAAAACGAAAUAUCACACAAAAAGACAUCGAAAAUGCACGAAGGUCCGAGGAAAUGAAGAUUCUUAAUGAUGUCAUCAAGACGGCAGAAGCGGGUGGCGAUGUUAAUAUUCUCGACGCAGAUAACGCGACACUACUUCAUCUGGCCGCUGCAAAUGGUUAUGUCGACUUGGCGCGUCGACUCUUAGGAGAAGCAAUAAGCAUUAAUGCCCAGGACGUCGACGGGUGGACCCCUCUUCACGCGGCAGCCUGCUGGAUGCAGCCGGAAAUUAUUGCUCUACUGUCGCGUGUACCAGACAUUGACCCUUUCAUUGAAACUCGGUUCAAAGAGCGAGCCGUGCAAAUCACGCACGACAAGGAUUGUAAGGCGCUGCUCGAGGAAUUGGAGCGCGAAAAGUCUAAACUCAAUAAUUUGGGCCCGAGAUCACACAAUAGACCCAGUAUGAACAGCCGUGAAUCGAUCAGGGGAUCAAAGCGAAAUAUCAAAAGAAAUGGAGAAACCUCUGCUAAAUACAGGGAUUUACAACAGGAAAAAAUCACGACUUCGUCUGUCACGGAUCAAGAGUUAAAGUCGACAUCCAACGAGACCUCAUCAAAAGAACAACGGCCCUCUCUUAAAAACGUAACCGUUAAUCAUCACGAAAAUGAAAGUGGCAACAAAGAGGGCAAGGAUUGCUGCGUAAUCUGCUAA